AUGGCGACCUUCGCAUCUUGCCUCUGCAACCUGAAGACGAGAAUUUGGGCUCAUCUCAUUUGGACUUCAGCUGCAGAUGUGGUUUUGGGCCUCGAGCUUUCCCAGUGCUCUAGAUCGACGAGCCACGUCAGAAAGAAGCAAGUGCCUUUGGUUAUUCUUGUCGUCUCGAAGGGUGGCCCUAAGGGUCCCUAUUGCAGCCUAUUGCCCAGCCUAUGCACCAUGUCAGUUGAUUACACCACUUUGAAACGACCCCGACAUCCCCAUGCCACGCCGCGGCAUCGCCUUCCCAGCUCAACUACAGACACCCAAGCCAACCUUCUUCACGGCAAAGUCCUCGCGUAG